AUGACAACCAGCCGCUGCAGUCACCUGCCCGAAGUCCUGCCAGACUGCACCAGUUCGGCUGUGCCCGUGGUGAAGACUGUGGAGGAUUGUGGCAGCCUAGUGAAUGGGCAGCCACAGUAUGUCAUGCAAGUCUCAGCCAAGGACGGGCAGCUGCUGUCAACAGUAGUGCGGACUCUUGCCACCCAGAGCCCUUUCAAUGACCGACCAAUGUGCAGAAUCUGCCACGAAGGCAGUAGCCAAGAGGACCUGCUCUCUCCAUGUGAAUGUACUGGGACGCUGGGGACAAUUCAUCGGAGUUGUCUGGAACACUGGCUGUCGUCCUCAAACACCAGCUACUGUGAACUCUGCCACUUCAGGUUUGCAGUGGAGCGCAAACCCAGGCCGUUGGUGGAGUGGCUCAGAAACCCAGGUCCCCAGCAUGAGAAGCGGACUCUGUUUGGAGACAUGGUGUGCUUCUUGUUUAUAACGCCCCUGGCCACCAUCUCGGGCUGGCUCUGCCUGCGCGGCGCGGUGGACCACCUGCACUUUAGUAGUCGGCUCGAAGCCGUCGGACUGAUUGCACUCACUGUCGCACUCUUCACUAUUUACCUCUUUUGGACACUAGUGUCAUUUAGGUACCACUGUCGAUUGUACAAUGAGUGGCGUCGGACCAAUCAGAGGGUGAUUCUCCUCAUUCCAAAGUCUGUCAACGUACCUUCUAACCAACAGUCCUUGCUGGGCCUCCAUUCGGUCAAGAGGAACUCAAAGGAGACAAUUGUUUGA